UUCUCCUUCCGUUGCUGUACAAAAUACAGUAAAAUACACAUGGUACAUAGGUAGGAUAUAAAUAGCUAGAGUUGUGAGCACGCAAAAUCACCUUCUUUCUUGAAAAUACUAGAACAUAAUCCAAAUUUCACUGCAACCCUUUUUCUCUCUGUCUUUCCAGCAUAUCUGUAGAUAUAGAGGUUCUAUAUCGUGGGGAGAAAGAUCAACUCUAAAUCAUGGGGUGCGCUGGAUCGCGUGCCAAAAAAGAAGAACCUGUUAAAAAGAUACGAAAGCCAAAGCCUUGGAAGCAUUCAGAACCAAUAACUAGGGCUCAGCUUGUACAGAUGCGUGAUGAGUUCUGGGAUACUGCUCCUCAUUACGGUGGUCGCAAAGAGAUCUGGGAUGCAUUACGAGCUGCAGCUGAGGCAGAUUUAACCCUAGCACAAGCAAUCAUUGACAGUGCUGGUAUUAUCGUUCAAAACCCAGACUUGACAAUCUGCUAUGAUGAGAGAGGUGCAAAAUAUGAGCUACCCAGAUAUGUUUUGAGUGAACCAACCAAUUUGAUCCGCGAGAGCUAAAGAGAGAGCCUAAUACAACAUCAUACUGAGACUGUAAAUCGUGUAAAUUACUGCAUCCUCAUUUCUUGCUAAAUUCAGCCAAAAAUCAAUCCUGCUUGGCAUUUGAUUUUCGUUCAAGAUAUAGAGGUUCUUCGUAAGAUGCUUCCCUUCUAAUAUGCGCAAUAGACUCCUCCUAACAAACAGCUACUGUAUAUUGUGGAUGGUAUUUCUUGUUAAUGUGGUUGCGCUUGAUAAUUGUUUAUUCGCAAAUAUACAUAAAUGCUAAGUAGCUGGUCAUUUCAGAAUUUACUUGAUGUGGUAUUUUGUCCUAGUAAAA